AUGUCUACCCGUCCUUUGUGGUACCGCUGGGUCAGAGUUUACGCCGUGGGUGGUGCUAUUGUGGGUACCGGUCUUCUUUUGUACAAGUACGCCACUCCCACCGACGAGGAGUUGAUUGCUCGCUUCUCACCAGAGGUCCGCCGCAAGUAUGAGGAGAACCGUGCCUUGAGGCAAAAGGAGCAGCAAGAAUUGAUGGAGAUUGUAAAAAAGACUGCCGCUUCCAAAGAUCCUAUUUGGAUCACCGGAUCUGUCAAGAGUCCCUCGGAGUGGCGCGAGGAGCAGAAGGCGAACAGAGAGCGCAAGGAGAGGAGCGCCGCCGAGCUUGUGCAAAGAGCCGAAAUCGAAAAGGCCAAGUUGGAGUUGCAGCAGACCGAAGCCUUGGCCCAGACUGCGGAGAAGAAGGGUUGGUUCAAAGGGUAA